AUGUCGGACUUGAAUGCAAACGAGAACGAAAGGGAAGCAAACCCGAGUGCUUCCGAAGUACUACGAGCAGUUGCACAUCAAUUAAUUGAUGACCUCGUGCAGAAUCCCACUAGUCGCCAGCGUAACUAUGAACAAAAGGUGGCAUUUGCCACUUUCAAGCUAACUGGAGAGGCGAAGAGGUGGUGGAUCUCUGAAAGAACUAUUAGAGAAGUGGAGGGGACAGAGAUAGUUAGUUGGCUGCACUUCAAACAGAUCUUUCUUGAGCGCUUCUUCCCUAGCUCGUUCCGUGAGGACAAGGCUAUGGAAUUUGCCACCUUGGUGCAGGGAACAAUGACGGUACAUCAGUAUGCAGCUAAGUUUACUGAGUUAUCCCGCUUUGCUACCUAUCUGAUUCCCGACGAGGAAAAGAAGGUGCGCAAAUUUGAGCAAGGACUGAAUGAGAAACUCUAUGAGCGUGUGGUGGGUUUUCAGAUUCAGAACUUCUCAGAAAUGGUGAAUAAGGCCACAGUUUUUGAACGAACCCUCCAAAGAAGCACUGCAAUACAUGAACAAAGGAAAAGGACUACGCCUACUGGGUACCAUUCUGGCAUGGACCAGGGACCGUGGAAAAAGAGAAAUGAGAGUAGUAGCUCGGGAAAAAGGUCGGUUCAGGGUAACCAACAACCUUAUCAGUGUAGGACAUGCAAUCAAGUGCACUUCGGAGAGUGCAGAAAAUGGGCGGGAUUGUGUUUUCGUUGUGGCAAAUCAGGACACUACAUCAAGGAAUGCCCAAUGCAAUUGGGUAGCAACAGGGCGACCAUACUGCCACCUCCAAGAAAUGAAGUUCCAGCACGAGGCAGCAACCAACGUCCUACUGCACCUGCACGAGUUUUUGCACUAACUCCUAGAGAGGUUGAGGGUAGGAAUGACGUGAUUACUGGAGUGACACACUCUUUUGUUUCCAUGGCUUACUCUAGAUUUUGCACCUUAGAAACUGAAAGGUUGAAGCAUAAGUUAGUGGUUGUGACCCCAACAGGAAAUUCGAUAGUUUGUAGUGAGAUUCUCUUGGGUUGCCCUCUAUCUAUAGAGGGAAGACUGAUGCUAGCAGAUUUAAUAGUGUUCCACAUGAUUGGGUUUGAUGUGAUUUUGGGUAUGGAUUGGUUGGCUUCCUACCACGCCAGUAUUGAUUGUUCUAAAAAGGAGGGAUUCUUAGCCUGUGUGGUAGAAGCAUCAAAAGAAGAGCUGAUGUUGGAACAGAUACCCGUUGUGAAAGAUUAUGCAGAAGUAUUCCCAGAAGAUUUAUCAGGACUUCCACCCGAGCGGGAGGUAGAGUUUGCUAUUGAACUGGUCCCAAGCACGACACCACUUUCGAAAGCACCUUACCGGAUGGCGCCGUCUGAAUUAGUGGAACUCAAGGAACAAUUGCAAGAUUUGUUGGAUAAGGGUUUCAUCAGGCCCAAUGUAUCACCUUGGGAACUCCAAUUCUCUUUGUGA